AUGGGGUCCGACUACCCGGAACCCCCUCCCAUCUCCCCAGCGAGUCGCACAGCGGCUACGGUCAAUUCCGAAGAGCCGCACCUAGACAUCAAACGGCCCCGCGCUUGCGAGCCAUGUCGCCAACUCAAGGUCCGGUGUGACCCGGACCCAGCACAUCCAGAUAGCUCGUGCAAGCGAUGCGCCAAAGCCGGGCGCGCGUGCGUUGUCACCGCGCCUACGCGGAAACGUCAGAAGAAGACGGAUAGCCGCGUCACGGAGCUGGAGCGCAAGAUCGAUGCAUUGACUGCGACGCUGCAGGCGUCGCAUCGUGGCGCGUUUGGAUUGGAACCGCCUCCCAAGCAGGAGUCUUCUUCUUCGCAUUCGCCUGAAAUCCCGGGGCGCCGGUGGCUGCGGGAUGAUCCGAAUUUGGCGGGGAGUAAGCGCCAUCAUGAUGGGCUGUUGGUAUCGCAGUAUCCUCGCCAGGAUAGUCCGUCUGCGGAGAAGUUACCUCCACAACAGUCAUCUUCUCGACAAUGGCGGGUUCCUUCUGCCGAUGAGACGGCGCCGUCCAAGGCGGGGAAUGAAUUCGUUGAUAUGAUUGAUAGAGGGGUGGUGGAUGUCGAGACUGCCCAGGCGGCAUUCGACCGCUAUAUUACAAAGAUGGCACCAGAGAUGCCCAUGGUUGUCUUCCCGCCGGGAACGACAAUGGGUUUCGUUCGUCGUGAAAGACCGGCCUUGUUUCUCGCUAUCCUCGCAGUCGCUAUCGGUCCGUUCAAGAAGGAUAUGCAACUCAAGCUUCUUGACGAUGUGUAUCGAAUGUGUGCAGAACGCGUGGUCGUCAAAGGCGAGAAAUCCAUUGAACUAGUUCAAGCGUUCAUAGUCCUCGCGAUCUGGUACAUGCCCCCAGAUAAUCUCGAAGAACUAAAGUUCUACCAACUCGUCCAUUUCGCUGUGGUCGUUUCUAUGGAUCUUGGGCUCAACCGGCGGAAAGGGGGUGAGGACAGGCCGUUUAGUCGAUUGCGAGAAGUGCUUCUCAAAAAGCCCCAGGGAUCAACUUUUGACAUUAAUGGGCCCGAAGCAAAGCGUACUUGGGUUGGCUGUUAUUUCAUGGCAGUUCAAGUGUCUACGGCUUUGCGAAGAACGCACCUUGUCAGGUGGCAGCCAUACAUGGACGAGUGCCUGCACACAUUGGAGAACCACCCUGAUGCUCUACCCUCCGACAAGCAUAUUAUCUGGUGGGCAAAGCUUGGGCAGAUAAUCGAAGAGUCUAGCACACAACUUACCACUGAUGAUCCUCUGUCUAUAAUCACUUUUGCAGACAGCAAAAUCCGAUAUGCGGUCAAGGGAUUCUCAAACCAGUUGGCCCAGUGGCGGAGGGAAGUUCCAGAGGAUGCUUAUAGCUUGACCUUGGCCCAUACUUAUCAUGUUAUCAAUCUCUUUGUUCAUGAAAGUGCGAUGAGCGUUGAUUGCCGAGAAAGCUGUCUCCCUAACUCGCCUAAUAACGACCUUCCAACCUCGGUGCUUGCCCCACUCAUCGAUGCAAUCAGUACCUGCAUUCAUUCGAUCCACCAAUCUUUAGACAUUAUCUGCAGCAUCGAGCCAGACCGUCUUAUUUGCUUGCCGACAGUGGCUCUCGCUCGAACAUCUUACCCGGUAGUCAGCUUGAUCAAAAUUUACUCGCUACUCGUGGCAUCAAACACACACAUUGGUCAAGUGAUUGAUAUGAAUAGCCUCAAGAUUGAAUACUACUUGGAAAAGGUCAUCACUCACUAUCGUACCGCCGCUGCCCGUGAUGGAGGCAGGGCAGCAUCAAAAUUCGGGAAUAUCAUCAUGAUGCUGCGCAAUUGGUUCCUCAAGAAGAGAGAGAAUGGACCAGCCCUAAGAGAGAUAUUUGGCACAGAGGUGCAAUCAGAUACACAGGGUGACAAACAAGCAAUCCAGCAAGGAACGACACCCCUCCACCUCCUAAGCGAAGUCGCAAUGGGCGACCCAGCCAGUCGCGCCCCCUCAUCAGCAUCCCAAUCCCGCUCCGACCAAGAAAAAAUCUACACACCAUCAACAUACAGACAAAACCCAGGCCCUCCAACCUACGGCCCAAUAAACCCACCAACACCCCUUACCCGCAUGCCCUCAAAAUCAGACCAAACACCCUCAACAACACCCUGGGCCUCCACACCCUCCUUCUCACCAUCUAUCCCCGGAAAUUCGGGCCCGGGGUAUUACCCAUCAUUCACGACCCCAGACCCAACGCAAGGGUACAACGGUAUUCAAUCGUCCGCUGGGCCUAGUCAGCCUGGAUACCCGGAUAUGUCGAGUAUGGGCCUUUCGGGUUCUCAGCCCAUGGGUAUGGUGCAGGAUCUGGGUAUGGAUGUUACGUUUGAUUCGGAUAAUUUGUUUGCGUUGGGGACUAUGAUGGAUGAGGGGUUGUUUACGUUUCCGUUGGCUUUUGAUGGGGAUUUUCAGAUGUAG